UCAACAAUUUUCAUAAUUUUUGUUACAGUAGAGAGACUAGAAACUGUAAGAAGGAUGGGGAGUGUGUACAAUUGGAUCAUCAGUAUCAGUGUGUGAAUGGUUUAUGUAGAAAUAUUAGUAGAGUAAAUACAUGUACUUACAAUAGUACAGGAGACAGCUUCGACUGCAGGGAUAAGAGGAACUGUAUAACAUUAACAGGACUGUUUGAAUGUAAUCAAGGAAUUUGUACACAAAUUAAUUGGCCUUGGGAUUGCAGGCGUAGAUGUUCUGGUAUAAAUAUUGAUAAAAGAAAUCUGAUAAUUAUAUCGGGAGACAGGACAGUUACCGCCGUUUGUGAUGAGGCGGAGACUGAGGCGGGUAUUAGCAUAAACAGGCGGAGAAGAAAACGAAGAAAUUCUGGAAUAUUGGAGGCCCCCGCACAGGAAACCCUGCCUUUAGAUGGUAGAGUAGAACAUGGAAGACGACAUCAACAUGUUCUACUUCUUUCUUGCACCAGGGUUAAUAUUGACAACUUAGCUUCACAAAUAUCUGGGGUUGACUGUGUUAAUGGAACAAGGAUAUCGAGAGGGAAACUUCUUCGUUCUUCAACAAUUGAUCAAGAAAUGAUUUUGGACAUCUUGGACAAAAACGAAAUUCAAGUGAAAAGUUUGAAUACGAUUGAGAAUUCAAGCUUAAAGGCUUUCAGAGUACAAGAAACAAUUACUAGUAAAGUACACAGAGAAAGUACAAACAAAGAAGCAAGUACUGUAAAAGAACCAGGAACAAGUACAACACCAAACCUCGUAGAAAAUAAAGAAAUGAGAAACUUAAAUAGUUCUAAAGUUGACUUUAAAGAUUACAGACUGGAAAACGUAGACUGGACGAAUCUUAGGAAAUUAUUUAUUCAAGAAAAUACAAUAGAGCUGGGAAGAUCUGAGAUUGAAGGUAUACCCUCAACUUCUCAACUAAUUAUCUAUCCUUAUGUCAAAUUGUACGUGAACACUGAGAUGUGUGUGAACACACUGAUGAAAGAAUGUACAACAUUUCUUUUAGAUCAUUCUACAGACGGUAGAAACUAUUCUAGCAGGAACACCUACCCCUGUUUCUAUAAUCCAUUAAACUCUGAUUAUGUUACUGUCAGGUUUGAUGUUCAAAGUACAAAAGAUCUUUUCCUCAUAAGCUUUUCUAUUCCAGCCUCACUGUGGAUAUUCUCAUGUUCAUUCCUAGUUACUAGUUCAAAGAUUCUGCGUAUAAGUGAGAGGACAGGACAGAUGAGGUUGAAGUGUAGGAGGCUGAGUACAGCCUCGCUGAACCCUGACUCCAGGAUCCAGGAAUUAGAUGAGAUAGAAGAUGAUAUAGAGGAGUUAGAUUUGUUGGAAAAAGAACGGGUCUGUAAGAGAAGAAUGGCUGUGAACUACUGAACUAAAGAACUCCGGAGCAACUAUUGAACAUUAAAGAAUUUUAGAAAUUUUAAAUGAUGAUUAAUGUUGAUUAUAUAAGAAUUUUUUUUGUUCCACAGAACAACCAUAAUUUAGUCAUUUAAAAAAUUAGAAAAGGUUGAUUGAUGGUUUAAACAUCAUAUAUCUAGUUAGUUAAGAAACUGAUCCAUAUUUAUACUAAAAAACGAGUUUUAUCAUUUUAUAAAUGAUUAUUAUACGGCCUUUAAAAAGUCUAACCCUCAGAAGUUCCCAAAAUUUUAAAAAUUUCCAAAUAAAAAUUCAAAAUAAGCGUUAUUUCUAAUAUUUGUAACAAAAGAAGAAAAUAGGUUUAUCUUCUAAAACAACUGUUUUAUGAUAAUUUUAUAAAUAUUGUAACAAGUAUUUUACAGAAAACGGGUAAUUUGAAAAAGAUCACCGAAAGUAUCAUUUCUUCAAUUCUUGUCAAUAUUAUGGAAAAUUAAAAGUUUUGUAAAAGUUAUUGAUUUGAAAGUUAUGAAUGUUUCUUAUAAAUAUUGUUUAGAAAGGGUUAAAAACUUAUAUUUACCUAUAUUUGUAUUGUAUAAAUUGUAUUAAUAUCAAACUCGGCAAUAACUAAGACGACAU